GUCCAGCUCCCCGCCUCUUCUCCACCUCUACAGAAAUAGAAAGGUUGGACGGAAAAGCGCGUUCUGAAGUGAGCGUGAAGAGGACACAUCAUCAUCUCAGCAGCAGCACACAUUCAGUCAGGGUUCAGACUCAGAGUAAUCGGUCUGUACCUUCAGUAAAUCCUAUUUUUGCUCAGCAUCAUUAUCAGUACCGUCUGAAACUAAACAGAGGGGACGAGCUCUCUGUUGCCUGGGGAGGGUCUGUACUUAUCUUUAUUGGCCAGACUCUGAAUACAAAGUGCCCUUUUAAGAGAGAAAGCUAGCCCACUUUUGUUUCUAUCACAGUGUUAGCUUGACACAGGGUUAUUCUUGAGUGGAAUGGCAUUGGACUUCGCUGCGGGCUGCGUUGGAGGUGCUGCUGGUGUUUUGGUUGGACAUCCAUUUGACACUGUCAAGAUGAGAGAGAGAAAUAAACAACCUCUCCACGGAAAUGUGACCUAGUGCGGCUUCAAGUCCAAAAUGUGGACAGACCUCUUUACCGUGGAACAUUCCACUGCUUCCAAUCCAUCAUACGCCAAGAGUCGACACUCGGUCUGUAUAAGGGCAUCGGCUCUCCAAUGAUGGGACUGACCUUCAUCAAUGCCAUAGUAUUUGGUGUCCAGGGCAAUGCCAUGCGCAAGCUUGGCCGCGACACACCGCUCCACCAGUUCCUGGCUGGAGCCUCCGCUGGAGCCAUCCAGUGCGUCAUCUGCUGCCCGAUGGAACUGGCCAAGACGCGCAUGCAGAUGCAGGGGACUGGAGAGAAGAAGUCUAAAAGGAAGUUGUAUAAGAACUCGUUGGAUUGUCUGGUGAGAAUCUACAACAGAGAGGGAAUCCGCGGUAUCAACCGUGGCAUGGUGACCACCCUGCUGCGCGAGACCCCUGGUUUCGGCGUGUACUUCCUCACGUACGACGUGCUAACGCGCUCCCUGGGCUGUGAGCCAGAAGACACGUACAUGAUCCCCAAGCUGCUGUUCGCUGGGGGAAUGUCGGGCAUCGCGUCCUGGAUCUCCACGUAUCCCGUGGAUGUGAUCAAGUCACGUCUGCAGGCCGACGGCGUCGGCGGCGUCUACCAGUAUAACGGCAUCAUGGACUGCAUCAGGCAGAGCUUGAAGAAGGAGGGGUGGAGAGUGUUCACGCGCGGACUCACGUCCACGCUGCUGCGAGCAUUUCCGGUGAACGCUACCACGUUUGCCACCGUGACUCUGUUUUUGUUGUACAUGCGUGAGGGACAGGAGUGCAGCAUUCAGGACUCUGAGCCACCGUCUGUCCAGCUGCAGCCUCUGCAGCCACAGACGCAGGCAAACAGCAUGUAAGUCACCGUGCAGCAGCGAGCAAUCACUACAGUCCUCAGCAAACCUGUCGAGUAUAAAUGGAACGAUCCGAUUUGUCAGCCAAGUGACCAUGUAGUAUUUAAAUAAUAUAUAUGUGUAUAUAUAUAUAUAUACAUAUAUACUGUAUUUUGAGAUGCAUUCUGCACUUGUAAAUAUGAUCUCUUUUUAAAGACGCGGGGGUUUGAAUUUUAAGUAAUUUGAGAGACUUUAGAGUUACAUGUGUCAAAGAAAUCAUGAAAUACAGCUUCUACGAUGGUGUUCAGGUCAUGAUUUGUAUGUGUAAUUAUUUUAACAGCUUCCCUUAGGUUGGAGUGAGGUGCAUAGAGAUUGACAAAAAGGGUUAAUGCACAUUAUUGUCCCCUUUCCAUAACAUUGAAUCAAUUAAUUGAAUGUAAUUUAUUACGUUUUUUUGUUUACAAAGGUGCUUAAUCCACGAUGUUUUCUCAAUCAGGCUCCUGCCCCGUUUAUCUUCACGUGAACUCAGUAUUCCAACUUUGUUUUGUAGUGGUUACAAGUAAAAACAAAUAUAGUAUACAUAAAUACACAUGUACAUUUAUGUAGAUAUGGCUGUAUUCAUUUUCUUAAGUUACAACAGUAUGAACAGUCAGUCGGCUGCCUGACAUCAAGUGUGAGGUUAUCAUCUUUUUUCUUUCUUUUUACUUCACUUAUUUAGUUAUACAUCAUUUAAUUUACAGGCUAGGACGAUGAGCCGUUGCAGUAAACGUAGUAGGUCAGAUUCUGUAUGUUUUUAGUUAUGUUUUAGUACUCCACACAAUCAUAUUGUAGAAAUUGAUCUAAUGCAGUUAAUCAUGUUGCAAUUUUGGAUAUUUUACAGUGUCCAAACAUGAAAGCACCUUAUAUUACAUACGGUUACAUUUUCAGCAUUCACAUUUUCUAAUUUCUUUUUUUUUACUGUAAAUGCAAUGGAUUUUAUAUUUUUGUUUAUACCACUAGUUCAAUUCAACUGUUACAGUGAGCUAAAGGAAAGGCUUGUUUUGUUUUUCAGUUUUCACUUUGUCAUUAGAUGUAAGGCACAGUGUCGGCGGGGCUUCAUUUGUCCACAAGGAGGUGCUGUUAGACCUGUUUUGUACCAACCGUGCCACUUAAAUGUACAGUCGCAGAUGUUUGUCGGUCAUUGAUCCAGCUGCUUAGUCUAUCCUUUGUUGUUGAUGCUUGUGAUAUUAUGAAAGUGCAGCUGUUUUACCUAAAGACGGCAUGUCCAA